AUGGCGGAUCCAAGGGUGCAGGCCGCGUUUCAGGAGCACAUGCAGCGCCUGCUGAACCCCGUCGUGCUUCAGAUUCAGUUCUUGGUGGGGAAGCUGUUGGUGGUGCUGGCAGACAAGGAGUAUGUCUGCCCCCACUGCUCCACAAGUCAGCGACUGGAUAUAGACCUCGAGCGCGAAAAGGAUGUGCGCUUCCGGGCCACGCGCAUUGUGUACAGUUCGCGGCUCGAGUUUUCGAGGUUGCAGGCUGUCCCGGGUGCCCAGGAAAGGCAGGAGAAGGAGGAGGAUGUCGAGCUUGAGGAUGUCGGUCACCACGCCGAGGAUGGGGAGGUCUUCGAGACCUACCAGCCGGCCAAGCUCCCCUACGGCUUCCCCCACCCCGACCCAGUGGUGGAGACGUCCUCUCUGUCCGCAGUGCCACCGCCUGACGUCAAAUACAGCCUCGGCGCCCAUCCAGAGCUGGUGGACGCGGGGGUGCUCUCGGCGCUGCAGCUGGAGAGCGUGGUGUAUGCCUGCCAGCGCCACGAGCAGCUGUUGCCCGACGGCUCCCGCUGCGGUUUCUUCAUCGGGGACGGCGCGGGGGUGGGCAAGGGCCGGACCAUCGCCGGGCUGAUCCUGGAGAACUGGCGGCGCGGCCGGCGGCGCCACCUCUGGCUGACCAUUGGGCCGGACCUUCGGGUGGACGCGCGGCGGGACCUCGACGACGUUGGAGCCACCGAGAUUCCUCUGCACUCGCUGAACAAGCUGCCCUACGGCAAGCUGGACUCCAAGCGCAUCGGCAUCAAGGAGGGUGUUGUGUUCCUGACCUAUGCCUCUCUCGUCUCCCAGUCUGACAAGCUUCAAUCGCGGUACAAGCAGCUGGUGGAGUGGUGCGGGAAGGACUUCGACGGCCUCAUCCUGUUUGACGAGAGUCACAAGGCCAAGAACCUGGUGCCAGAAGCAGGGACGCGCGCCACCAAGGUGGGCCUUCAAGUGAGCAACCUGCAGGCUGCUCUGCCGCUGGCGAGAGUGGUGUACUGCUCGGCCACUGGAGCCUCCGAACCACGCAACAUGGGGUACAUGGUCCGGCUGGGACUGUGGGGUCUGGGCGGCUCUGCCUUCCCCACCUUUGCCAAGUUUCUGGAGGCCGUGCAGGGCAAGGGGACCCAGGCGGCCAACAUGGCCACCCUGGAGCUCGUCGCCAUGGACAUGAAGGCGCAGGGCAUGUACGUCUCGCGCACGCUCUCCUACGCCGGCUCCGAGUUCCUCACCGUGACGGUGCCCUUGGAGGAGCCCGUGGCCUCGCAGUACGCUGAUGCUGCUCGCAUGUGGCUGGAGCUGUACCGGGAGUUCAUGUAUGCGGAGGAGCAGCUGGAAGCGCUCGGGCCCACGGGACUGGCCAAGGUGGACACGAAGAAGGGGUCGGGCCUGCAGGACGCACGCACACUGCGCCUGCGUGCCUUCUGGGGCUCCCACCAGCGCUUCUUUCGCUACAUGUGCAUGGCUGCCAAGGUCCCUGCCGUCGUGCGCAUGUCCAAGGCGGCGGUGGAGGAGGGCAAGUGCAUCGUCAUCGGGCUGCAGUCCACGGGGGAGGCCCGCACCAAUGACGUGGUGGCGGAGAAGGGAGACGAGCUCGAUGACUUUGUGUCAGGCCCCAAGGAGCUGCUCUCGCGGCUCGUUACAGAGUACUACCCCAUGCCAGCCAGCCCCGCGCUGUGGGACCAGGAGGACGAAUCGGACCUGGGAUCCGACGAGGAGUACCACGGCCGGAGCGCCAGCGAGGGCCUCCAGCGCUCCGCGACGGAGGGCAGGGAGAUGGUGGGGCGGACCGCCAAGGCCAAGCCGGUGAGGUACAAGGAGUUUGGCGAGGACGAGGGCGUGCACUCUGAAACAUCCAUCUCUGAGGAGGACAGCGACUCGGAGGAGGAUGGCUCGGACUCGAGCGAUGUGCUGUCGUCUUCCCUGUCCUCCCUGAUGGAGGGCGAGCCGUCGCAGCCGCCCAGCAAGCGUCCGCGCAGGUCAUCCGUCUCGGAGGCCUCCGUCUCGGGCAAGGACUCUGGUGACGGUAAAACUGAGAACACCUCCGGAGAGGAGGAGGAGGAGAGUGAGGAGAGUGAGGCCGAGAUCGGUCUCGAGUCCGACUCUGAGAGCUCCAAGCAGGGCGUCAGUGAGGAAGACAGCAAAGAAACCCCUGAGGCAGCAGCCAAGGUGCUGGGCGGGGUGUGGGUGUUUGCCCUGGCUGGCAAUUGGGGACCUAAAAGGCAGGAACAGGCGGCGCUGGCCAUCCUGCGCCGGGAAAAGUUUGCCGCCGCCCACGCUACGGCACUGGAACGGCGCGAGUCCAUCCUGGCGGCUGUGGGGAACCUGGGCCUCCCCAACAACCCCCUGGACGUGCUGAUCGACGAGCUGGGGGGGCCGGAGAAGGUGGCGGAGAUGACGGGGAGAAAGGGUCGCCUUGUGCGCUCUAAGUCGUCUCGCACGGUCACGUACGAGGCGCGUAACGCCUCGGGCGUCGAGAAGGGCGCCACGCUAGAGAUGAUCAACAUCCAUGAGCGCCAGUCCUUCAUGGCCGGGGAGAAGCUGGUGGCCAUCAUCAGCGAGGCCGCCUCCGCCGGCAUCUCCCUGCACGCCGACCGGCGUGCAGGGAAUCAGCGCCGGCGCGUGCACCUCACCCUGGAGCUGCCCUGGUCGGCGGACAAGGCCAUCCAGCAGUUUGGGCGCAGCCACCGCGCCAACCAGGCCUCGGGGCCGGAGUACAAGCUGGUGGUCACGCCCCUGGGCGGGGAGGCGCGCUUUGCCGCCGCCGUGUCGCGCCGCCUGGAGACCCUGGGUGCCCUGACCCAGGGCGACCGCAAGGCCGGCCCCGGGAACCUGGGGUUCAACUACGAGUCGCGCGCCGGGCAGCAGGCACUGAGGACCAUGUACAGCGUCAUCCUGCAGCAGUCACACAAGCCCGACCUGCUCCCCGAGACCUGCCGGGAAGGCCCCGACGGCGAGCCCCCCGCGGUACCUGCGGAGCACUACCUCGGCAGGCUGCGGGCGUACCUGCUGGCGGUGGGCAUCCUGCGACUGGGUCCCUUCCGUUCAUCCGGGCCCGGUAAAUCUCCGGCCCAGGAGGAGCACCCGCUGUCCUCUGCCAUCCAGAACUUCCUGGCAUCUGACAUUGGCGUGCCCCGCAGGCUGGGCCAGAUCGAGGAGAGGGACCGCUCUGACGUGCCCCGCUUCCUCAACCGCCUGCUGGGUCUGGCCCCGGUCCAGCAGCGCCAACUGUUUGACAUGUUCCAGGCGGCACUGGAGCUGCACGUGCGGGAGCAAGGCCGGGCGGGGACGCUGGACGUGGGCACGCAGACGCUAAGCGCCACGCGCGUGCGGCUAGAGCCCGACCCGGUCCAGCUGUUCAGGGAUGAGGCCAGUGGGGCGACGGCCUUGCUGCACACUGUGCAUUUAGAUCGUGGCAUGAGCUGGGAGGCCGCCGAGCGCAUGCUGGCCGCACACAAGGGCGGCGAGGAUGGCACCUCGCCCGGAGCGCCAGACCCGCGCUCGCCGGCCAGGGUGGAUGCAGGGGCUCCCGCCGUGCCAUCGGGGCCGCAGAGGGCCGUGUCACCAAGGGAGCAAGCCGGCGCGAGACCCAGGCAGCCAGUGGCCGGCGCCAGCCCCGGCUGCAGGGCUGCACGGGCGGGCACUGGCGCGAGCCGCCGUGGCGAGGAUGCGAGCGAAAGCCCCACAAACGCGGCGAGCAAUGGGGCAAGCGCAUCGGCAGCAGUGCACGCCAUGGGCGAGAGCGGCUACUACCAGUCCGGCCACCCGGGGUCAAAAGGGGGCGUGCACGUCAUGCUCGCGCUGCGCAUGCACGGCGCCUUCCCCGCCGCCUUCAAGAUCGUCAGGCCCACAAUCGGCAGGCUGGCCCAGCCCUUGGCACUCUCGGACCUGCGAUUCAAGCAUGAGCCACUCUCUGCGAAGGCCGCCAGGACCCUGUGGCUCAAGGCGUUUGUGGCAGCUAGCCAGGCUUCAGAGAAUCGAGAGGCGCUGCGCUUCCGCAGGGCCCACGUGGUGACGGGGUCGGUGCUGCGCUGCUGGCGACCCAUGCAGGACGCCCUCGGCAAAGACCAGGACUCCGUGCGCCGACUGAGGCUGGUGCGGGUGUCCACCACCGACGACCCCCCAGAGCGCAUCGUGGGGAUGCUGGUUCCCGAGCAGCAGCUGGAAAAGUUGAUGACGACCAUGGCGCCCGGCGUCAAGCUCAGCGAUGCAGCGGCACACCCCUGGGCGGAAGAGGCGGCGGGGGAGGACGUCUCCCCUGACGACGAGGAUGAGGAGAUGGCAAGGGCGUGA